AUGGUACCAUCGACUCAUGAGGAUAUUAAUAGACCGGCCACGGGACACCGCGCCUACAACGUGCUGCUGAAGGACCGCGGUGUAAAGGUUGAAGGGUUCACGUCACCUGUGACAACUACUUUCUACGUAUUGUUAUUUCAAGAUAAUCAUUUGUAUUGGUUUACGGAAUAUUAUUUUUUUGUACAACACAGUGAUCGUGUGGUGCUCGUGAUGUUAGCUCGUUACUACGAGGACCUUGGCGCAACAUGGUCGGUUCAGUCGGUUCAGGAAGCGCCUGUUCCUAGAAUAGAUUUGGCAAUGAUGACCACCACUCACGGUGUGGGGACCUUGACACUGACGUGGGCCGUGGGACCGGCAUCGACUAUUCUUCAGAAGAUAGAGGCCAAGUUCAUGUGUGUUAGUUUUGAAUCAGAGGUCGAAGCAGUGGGCUUCAUCCAUUAUGCGAACGUGUCCAGUACUUUGAGUCUGUGUACCAUGGAGCAGUUCCAGGAUGUAGGGGUCUCAAGCAUCAGUCCACCGUCAGCCGAUGACAGUAUGAACGGAGCUCAGCCAAGAUAA